AUUCGUGAUGUUGAUGAAGUGUCUGGAUCUAUAACUUUAACUGGAGGACUCGCUAUGAUGUGGAAGGACUUCAGGUUGACAUGGAAUCCUGAAGACUACGAUGGCAUAUCGAGAAUGAUGGUGAAUUCUUCAAAGAUUUGGUCACCCAAUAUUUUUCUUGUUUCAUCGUCAGCUGAUCUGGAAAAGUUUAGUCUACAAGAUGUUGAUGCCAGAAUAUUAAAUAUUGCAGUGGAGUCUGUGAGCCCGGGGAUGAUCAGAUCUACCUGCACAGUGGACAUGACAAACUUCCCUACUGACUUCCAAACGUGUCACUUAAUGUUCCUACCUUGGGGGUAUCUCCCUACAGAAAUACAACUCUCAUUUCUACAAUCAUUUAUCAAUUUGGAUGACUUCGACGAAAAUGGCGAGUGGAGUGUUGACAGUACAACGGUGGAAAUAUAUAACAGUCGCAGCUACGAAACAAAUCCUGCUGUUUACACGAUCGUUUUGAGGAGAAAAUCUGCAUAUUUUGUGAUCUCGAUGGUCGUACCAGUGUAUAUCCUUUGUUUCCUCAACCCGUUUGUCUUUCUCUUGCCGGCCGCGUCUGGUGAGAGGAUUUCCUUCACUAUCACCAAGUUCCUGUCUCUGGCAGUUUACAUGACACUUGUCGGUGACAACAUGCCGAAAGUUUCCGAGCCCAUGGCGGGUAUCUCCUACUUUCUACUGGUAUCAAUGAUCUACAGCUGUGUGUUGAUAAUACUGACAAUAUUCACUCUCCGCUCGCAUGCCAGGAAUGAUGCGAGUCACUUUCCAAAACGGCUGAAACAACUCGUGCUGCUGUUGAAGAAACCAAAAAAGAGUUCAAGUGCAAUUGACUCACAUACUCCCUCAGAUAGGACUGAAAAUGGAAAUAAUUCUGGACAGAACGCCACACAGAGUUAUGACAUCGAUUCGGCGGAAGCCACGAAGAAAACCCCUUUUCUGAAUAACCCGACGGAUCUCGGAAGAGAUGACAUUGUUGAUUUCGUUGACAAAUGCUUUGUUUGUGAUCCAGGAAAUCAUGGUUGUUGGGCUGAUUUUUGGGUUUGCAUGUGAAUAUUACAGAUGAUUAUUUUUUCAUUAUAUUUAGAAUUCACACGCAUUUGACAUU